UCUGUACAUACAAUUCUUCGUAAAUUUAUCGUCUGUUUUUUUUUGUAUAAAAUAUUUUUUAUUUUUGGAGGUAUUCCUAUCCGUGUGGAUUAUUUCAUAUAUCGCUCGGGUUCUCCCAGCUGCUAUUCGGAACACAUGGAGUUCACGAAGGAAAAUGUGAUAAGGGCGCUUCAUAUGUUGAGCAUGGAAGGCACCAAGGAAGCUGAUGAUUACCUGCACUCCUUUCAGCAGUCGAGCUGUGCUUGGUUUAUAGCUGAGGACAUUUUGUCCCAUGUACCCCACCACGAAAUGCCCGUAUUGACCUUCGCAGCCAUCACUUUCGCCAAGAAAAUUAAGGAAAACUUUAACAGGUUUCUAGGGUCCGAGGUAAGUGGUCUUAAGGAAACCCUGACCGGUCAUCUUCUACAAGCAUCCAUGAUGCCGGAGUCCACUCCGUUGAUUGUGCAAUUGGGAAUAUGCCUAUCGACUCUGGGUCUGAUGACCUCCAACUGGGACUACGAACUAGAGGGCUUUGUGAAGCAUCUAUCUGGAAAACCCAGGCACAUAAUGGCACUCUUGAAAGUCCUGAAGGUCCUUCCCGAGGAGACUCGACCCUCGAAUCUUCCGCUGACAGGAACGGAUCUCAAAUGCGUCUUUCAGCAGCUACACUUUCAGUCUUCAUAUAUAUUAAAUGUGCUGGAGGAAAUCCUGGAGCGAUUUGAUCUUCCAAACGAUUGUUUAUCAAAAUGUCUGGCUGUUUGUGGGUCGUGGACAAAGUUUGGCUUAGUUCUACCCGAACAGGUGCUGGAACGCAAACUUUUUCUACGGAUAAAUAUUAUCCUGGUUACCCCCAUGGAUAUUGGACAUUUGGAGGCGGCUGAGUGCGUGAUGGCCAUGUUGGAUCAAUCUCGGGCCACAAAAAAACUGGAUUCCCGUUUGGUCCAGCUGGUCUUUUCCCUGACACCGGCAUUCAAACGCUCUGUGAGCGACACCAAAUUGUUGCAAAACUAUUGCCAGAUAUUCGAGAAUCUCUUCAAGACCCACUUUUAUCUGACCGAAAACGAUCUUACGAAAAUAGAAGAGAGAUUGAGAACCAUCCAGCUACUGCUACUUAUGGCAGAGCACUGCCCAUUGGAGCUUAUUGAAACCUCUAUGACAUUGUGGUGUUUGCUGACAAAGGACUUGAAAUUGGUUAGCAUAUAUCAAAAGGACUUUAACAGUCUCCUAAAGCUGCUCGUCCCCCGCACUGCAUUGCCAGCAAUCUAUGAGUACGUCACGCGACCCGAUUCCAUGAUUAUGGAUAGGUUUCGUGGGCUUUUGGCGGAAGUCCUGGUGGAUAUGGCUCCGUUAGCUGAUGAGGGGGCCAUGGAGAACCUUUUCGAUAUUGUUAAAAAUGAACAGAGCCCCUGGAACGAUGUAGAGGUAGCCAUAUUCUUCCUGCGCCACCUGAUGGUUCAGUUUAAGGAUCGUCAAACCCAGAUGAUUUUGAAAAUUUUGGGCUGCGUUAGGAACCGCCCGCAGGCUUGUAUACGCCUGCAAGUCCUUGAGCUGAUUUCGAUUCCGGAAACCAUGGACUCCGCUACCAUCUGGAGGUGUCUCAUGAACGAAUUGGAAAGGGAUAUCCCUAUGCUGGAUGCGAUUGAAUGCCGCUUAAAGCUGCUGAUGCCUCAUUGGGAGUAUUUCAUGAUCUUGGCUAGCAUGGUAGAUGACUUCCGUUUGAAGGAGAGCGAUCGCUGUCACCUUUUGGCCAGUACUUGUGCUUUGGUCAGGGAACUGCCCCCAGCGGAUAUUGUAAAAGUUAAAGUGUGUAUGAUGAAUGUACAGUGGACAAACUGCCCCUCCGUAAUCCGGGAAAAUCGUAUCAAGGUGCUUACGGACAUUUAAGGAAAUUAUUUAGAAUUUGCAGUGUUUAAUUAAGUUUAUAAUUGAAAGUUUGAGGAUGAUCUCUUGCCUA